AGAAGCCGCGAACAGCCUUCCUGGAUUAUGGAGUUUCUGAGUGAGAAGUUUGCCCUGAAAAGUCCGCCAAGUAAAAACAGUGACUUUUACAUGGGCACAGGAGGCGCGUUGGAGCACGUUAUGGAGACCCUGGACAAUGAGUCCUUUUACGGCAAAGCAACGGCAGGCAAAUGCGUGCAGGCCUUCGGGCCGCUGCCGAGAGCUGAGCAUCACGUGCGCCUGGACAGGACCUCGCCCUGUCAGGACAGCAGCGUAAACUAUGGGAUCACCAAAGUGGAAGGCCAGCCCCUUCACACCGAGCUGAACCGAGCCAUGGACAGCUGCAACAACCUCAGGAUGUCUCCGGUGAAAGGGAUGCCCGAGAAGGGCGAACUGGAUGAACUUGGGGACAAAUGUGACAGCAAUGUAUCCAGCAGCAAGAAGCGGAGACACAGAACUACCUUCACCAGUUUGCAGCUGGAGGAACUAGAAAAGGUCUUCCAAAAAACCCAUUACCCGGAUGUAUAUGUCAGAGAACAGCUCGCAUUGAGAACAGAGCUCACUGAGGCCAGGGUCCAGGUUUGGUUUCAAAAUCGAAGGGCCAAGUGGAGGAAAAGAGAACGUUAUGGCCAAAUCCAGCAAGCUAAAAGCCAUUUUGCUGCCACCUACGACAUAUCAGUUUUGCCAAGGACUGACAGCUACCCACAGAUUCAGAACAAUUUGUGGGCAGGAAAUGCAAGUGGUGGUUCUGUGGUUACUUCAUGCAUGUUACCACGUGACGCGUCCUCCUGCAUGGCACCUUACUCUCACUCGCCUCGGACAGAUUCCAGUUACACGGGGUUUUCAAACCACCAGAACCAGUUCGGUCACAUGCCCCUCAACAAUUUUUUCACUGACUCUCUUCUCUCCGGGGCUACCAACGGACACGCAUUCGAAACAAAGCCAGAGUUUGAAAGGAGGUCUUCCAGUAUCGCCGUUCUGAGAAUGAAGGCGAAGGAGCACACCGCCAAUAUUUCAUGGGCCAUGUAACAUACAGUACUCUUUUAUUUUUUCUUCUAAUAGCAGAGUAAAACAUUCUUAUUUCUCAUAUUUAAAGGAUACCACAAUAAGCUGCUGUGUGUGGAUGGGCUAAAGGUCAAGAUAUACAGUGAGACCAGCUCACAUGAAUAGUUGUUAUUAUUUAACAUGAAAAUCUAGGAGUGGACCCCUGAAAGGACUAAAUAGG